AUGACGGAGAAGCUCUCAGUUGGCGGUGUAUUUACUGGACGAUUGAUUGGUCCUCAAAUUGUGUCGGCCUACAACGUCUUCGAUCUCUUUCUCGUGGAUGCCUGCAUGUUCAUGCUGUUGUCCCAGAGCUACGGUGUAUACACGUCGUCAGCAAUCGCAGCUUAA